AUGUCACGCGCGGUGAAGGAUGAACCGAGAGCACCGUGUGAGUGUCCGAAGUAUGACAAGAUCCACAUUGCUGUCAAAAGUGUUAAAGAGAGCAAAUACUUUAACGUUGGAGGAGACUGCACCGUCAGACAGCUGAAAUGGGGUCUAGCAGAGCACCGUGGAGCCCCGGCAGAAGAGCUGGUGCUGAUCCACUCUGGCCGGGCCCUCAAAGAUGCAGAACUGCUGAGUCACCUUAAAAGACAGGAUGGGUUAGUGAGCCUGUGCAUGAUCCAAAGACCUCAGCAUUCAUCUGUGGUUCCCACCAAUGACCCAACUUCAGAACCACUCCAGUCAGACCUCACAGCCGUUCUUCACCCUGAACCUGACAACUUUACACCAUCUCCCACCUCCCCCUUCUGCCUGGUGGAAGGUCUGGACAGCCUUGGCCUAACAAACAACGGGCCUGGUUUCUUCCCUGCACUUCAACGCCAGAUGGAGAGGCAGCUACUGGCUGACCCGGAGAUCAUGCGCCAUGUCCUGGGCAGCCCCUUUGUGCAGAAUACCCUCUCUAACGCCAGCCCUCAGCUCACCAGACAACUCAUUCUGUCUAGUCCCCAAAUCCAGCAGCUCCUACAGACAAAUUCAGAGGAGGUGGGGGAUAUGCUCAACAACACAGAUGUUGUAACACAGGUUUUAGAGCUCAUCAGGAACCCUGACAUGAUACAUGAAGUGAUGCAUGAUGAAGACAGAGCAUUAGACAAUCUACAACCAAAGCAGGACAACUCUGAAACCACCACUGGUGAUUCUGAUGACUUUCAAGAAAAUGACAGUCUCAAACUACCACAAAUCCAAAGAGGAGUGCCGCCAGUGGUGCCUGCAUCGUCUGAGAAUCAACAACCACCUGAAAGAGACAGAGAGAAGACUCCAUCACUUUCCAGCCACUCCACAGAUCCUCUCAGAGGACUGACUGCCAACCACACACCUGAUCCAAACCCUCACCCACUUACUAACCAAAAAAUGAAAUCAAAUCUACAAUAUUUGCCUCAUCUAUAUGAAUUAUGUGGCUGUGUUUCUCUUGCCUCAGGUAUGCAGUCACUGCUAGAGGAGAUCACAGCUAGUCCAGGACUGAUGGAGAGCCUGCUUUCUGGGCCUUACGUCAGCUGUCUUCUGAAUUGCCUCAGCCAGAACCCCGACCUGGCAGCACAGAUGUUGCUGAGCCACCCUUUGUUCUCAGGAAAUCCUCAACUGCAGCUGCAGAUGAGACAGCAGCUCCCUCUAUUCCUGGAACAGAUGCAGAAUCCAGAGCUGCUGGGAGCAUUGUUAAACCCCAGAGCCAUGGGGGCUCUGCUUCAGAUCCAACAGGGCCUCCAGACUCUGAGUGCAGAGGCCCCUGCCCUCAUACCUGAGACUGAACUAGGAAAUAUCAGAGCCAAUGUUAAUGCUGCCCCCGAACACAGGUCUGACUCUGUGCUGAAUGGCCAAUCAGCAAGUGGUCCUCAGGUUGCCACAGUGACAGAACAGCAGCAGCAGUUUGUACAACAGAUGCUACAGGCAUUGGCUAAUGCUAAUCAUGAGGUCAAUCACGAAGAAGCUGAUUUUUAGAAGGAGCUGGAUCAGCUGAGCUCUGUUGGCUUCCGAGACAGAGCUAACCUUCAGGCCCUCAUCAGCACCCAAGGAGACCUCACCACUGCUGUCAUUGACACACAGAUGUUUCCUUGUCCACAUAUGUGCACACAUAAAUGA